GUUAAUCACUCACUCUCUUCAGCUCAGUCCAAUCCUUGCGACCAUGUUUCUUUCACUUGUCCUGCUGGGGCUAUGCAUUUGUGUCAUCAUCCUUCAACUGAGGCCCACGAGGCCCAAGAACUUUCCACCGGGACCUCCUGCCCUGCCCAUCCUUGGGAACAUUUUGCACCUAAACCUGCAGAACCCCUUGGAGGACUUUGAGAAACUGAGGAAGUCUUACGGAAAUGUCUACAGUCUGUUCCUCGGUCCUAAACCAAACGUAGUCAUCAAUGGGGUGAAGGCCAUGAAGGAGGCUAUGAUGAUCAAGGCUGCUGAAUUUGCUGGACGACCUCAAGACACGUUUGUUAAUGAUGUCUUCGGGGGUAAAGGAGUGAUUCUAGCAGAUUAUGGCACUAGCUGGAGGGAGCAUCGUCGCUUUGCUCUGAUGACUUUGAGGAACUUUGGUCUGGGGAAGAAAUCAAUGGAGGACAGAAUUCACGAUGAGAUUCAACACACCAUUAAAACACUGGAUAAAAACAUUGGCAGAACUCUUUCUCCUCAAGUUAUGUUUCAUAAUGCGUCCUCCAACAUCAUCUGCCAAGUUCUUUUUGGUACACGCUAUGAGUAUGAUGAUGAGUUCAUCACAACAGUUGUUCAGUGUGUCACAGAGAUUACGAAGAUCACCAAUGGACCAUGGGCGAUGCUGUAUGACACUCUUCCCUUUAUUCGUAACCUGCCACUGCCCUUCAACAAGGCCUUCAAGGAUAUAAAGCGUUGUUCUGUCCUUGCACGUCGUUUGUUGAACGAGCACAAGAAGACCAGAGUCCCUGGAGAGCCUCGAGACUUUCUUGACUGCUACCUGGAUGAACUGGAAAAGAAAGCAGAGGAUUCUACAUUUUCAGAGGACAAACUCAUAUUUACGGCUCUAGAUCUUCAGCUUGCUGGGACCGAUACGACCUCCAACACUCUGCUUUCGGCUUUUCUUUACCUUAUGAACCACCCACACAUACAAGAGCGAUGCCAGCAGGAAAUAGACCGGGUGUUGGAAGGGAAGGAUCAGGCCUGUUUUGACGACAGACUCCAGAUGCCCUAUGUGCAGGCUGUGACCCAUGAGGUACAGAGGAUUGCCAACAUUGCUCCACUCAGCGCCUUCCAUUGUACGACUAAAGACACAGAACUCAUGGGAUAUUCCAUUCCCAGGGGUACAAUGAUCAUCCAGAACCUCAGCUCAGUGCUGAAUGAGGAGGGACAGUGGAAAUACCCUCAUGAAUUCAACCCUGAAAACUUCCUCAAUGACCAGGGAGAGUUUGUCAAACCAGAUGCCUUCAUGCCUUUCUCUACAGGUCCUCGGGUGUGUCUCGGAGAGGGUCUGGCUCGUAUGGAGCUCUUCCUCAUCAUGGUGACUCUGCUGAGGAAGUUCAAGUUCAUCUGGCCUGAGGAUGCAGGAGAACCAGACUACACUCCAAUCUUUGGGGCCACUAUGACUCCCAAACCUUAUCCCAUGAAGGUCCAACACAGGCUUUGAAGUGCACUAAACUGAGUGAAAGGUGCAAUAAAAGUAAAGUUUUGCGAAUUGAUGUACCUUGUUUUUGUUGGGAAAAAAACCCAACUGAUUAUUAAACAAUGAAAAUAUCACACAUAGAAUAUACAGUGGCAAAGGGCUCAUUUGCUACAGUGUCAAUGAACACAAUGCAAACUUUAUAGCAUAGCGUGAAUUAAAAGAGACUGAACAUGAAACCAUUGAAGCUUCGCUGGCACUAUUUGAUUGACUGACAUGGCUCAAGUGUCCCAAAUGAAUGUAAUGUGAAGAAAUGUGACUUCUGCAGGUGUUUUAAAGGCAUGUUGUCACCAAAGUAAUCACCAGAUCAUUCAUCCAGCCAUUAAGUUCUUCACUCAUAUCAAUCAUUUAUCAGAUCCACUGAAACUGUUUAAACAGAGAUGUGUUCGAUUUUAAUCCUUGAACUACUGUUAUAACUGUGACGUCCUAUUCCAUAGGGGGAAUGAACCCAAAGCUUAAAAUUAUAUUUCAUCAACAUCAAUUUAUCCUACAUGUCUCAUCAAAAAAAACACCAAAAUUAAAACUCAUGUUGUACCCGGAAUCUGUAAAAGGCAAAUAAAUAAAUAAAUUUAAUUUUAAAACAAUUCCAAGAGACUACCUCAUGAAGCUGAUUGAAAGAAUGCCAAGAGUGUGCAAAGAUGUCAUUAGAGCAACGGAAGUACUUUAAAGAAUAAAAAAUAUAAAGCA